AUGUCUAUCAAAGCUCUCAACCAGAAUAUCCCAUCCUUGGGCUUUGGCCCCAACGUGGACGAGCAGGGUUUAUCUGACCCUUCCUUUGUUCCUCAUGGCGAAGGUAGCCACCCGUAUCCCAGCCCGUGGUCUUUCCAGUCUGGCAACGGUCAAGCCGGCCAUCCCGGCCAUCCCUACGCAUCUGUGUUGGGCCAAUUCAUCGACGUGGACUUCUUCAACGAAGCCAACAAUGAGACUGGUAAUGCCUCCGCUUCUCAUAAGCGAUCCCCAUACCCAGGCCCGCAAGGUCAUCAUCCAACAUACCAUUUCCCGGGCUACGCUCAGCAGCCACACGCCUAUCGUAACCCUGCGGAGGGUCGAAACAGAAACUCCCAUUCUUGGGAUGGUGACAAGUUCAGGCCAUCCUUCCCUCCUCAUGCGUACCAGUUUCCGGGCGGGUCGCAUAACGCGAGUCUAAUCCACCAACAAUCUGACAGAUACCCAGGUAACGCUUCCGGUGGUACUUCCUUCUCUCGGCAGCCAUACUCAUUGCCCUAUGGUCAACAAGGUGGACACGGGAACAGAGGAUGGGGUGGGCACAGCUCCUUUGGCCAGGCAAAUUUUGGUGGCCCUUCAUUUGGCAGCCACGGGCGAGGGGGCUGCGAAGUGCCUCGCGCGUCUGAAGGCCCCUGUGGAUCUAGACCAACUAGAUCACAGCCGCCACCCUGCGCAUUCCCCUCCACUGGAUCUGAGAAAUACAGACCUGAGGUUGAUGUAUUCGAUACCCCAGAGACAUUUGUGAUUCACGUGCCCCUCCCCGGUGCGAAGAAGGAAGAUAUCGAAGUGAACUGGGAUCCGAAGACGGUGGAACUCAUCAUUGCCGGUGUGAUUGGUCGACCUGGAUCUGAAGACCUGGUCAAGAUGAUUGUGUUAGAUGAGCGUACGCUUGGGGCGUUUGAGCGUAAGGUGCGAUUGGGGAGCACAGCAAAUCCACCCAAGAUCGACGGAGAUGCGGUUUCUGCUAAGUUAGAGGAUGGGGUUCUUGUUGUUACGGUGCCGAAGACGGAGGCGGAUGAUGUUGACGUUAAGAAGGUUGAGGUUGAGUGA